GUCCGAGUCUAUGAUUUAAUUAAGAGUCUUGUGUGUCCUUUAACCAACAAUGUUAACAAUCCAUGUCCACUGUCAUCACCCUCAGCUGUACUUUGUGAGAUGGAGUGGCAAAGUGCCGGAGAGACAGAGCGAUCCUUCCAAUCAGCUUCCAUGGCAACGGGCCACGAGAGAAAGCAGGAAAACACUCCCAAGGAAGUGUUGGUGUGGCAAGUGGAAAAUGAACAAUGUACCCACCAUCAUGGAUGCAGCGCAGGCCAGUAAGCCACUCAGUGUGCCUGCAAGACCCGGAGAGCCUGGCAGACAGAGAGGAACCCACUCCUGCAUCUCCAUCUCCGAUCCUCACCCUCUUAAAACGAACUCACCCCUGCUGACUCACCUCACACAAUACACUUCCUCUCCAAGUACCAGCCUGAAGGGAAAAAAGGGGGGAGAUACGGUUUCUGUACAACAAUGGAAAUUCAAUCAGGAAAUGGAGAGGAGGUGGCGAGUGCAGUGUCGGCGACCUCGGGCUUCGUUUCCCAGAGUUCCCCUGGGCCGCAGGUAGAGGCAUCACACGAUCCUGUGCUCCGAGAGGACCUGCAGGCUGCUAAGAGGAUUGAGAGGUUUGACAUUCCACUUGAUAACCUGAAGAGGAUGUUUGAGAAGCCUGGCGUUGGAAACACAGAAGUGACAAGCACCUCCUCGUCCAAAAGAGUGUUGCCCGGUAGUGUCACACAGGCUCAACCAUCACCAGAUCACACCAUGGCCUCACCUAAGGACACCACUCUUUCUGCAGGUAGAUCCGGACGUCCUGAGGAAGAGCAGGAGGGCGAGUCGGUGUCGGUGAAGGAGCGUCUGGCGAUGUAUCAGGCGGCCGUGUCCAAGAAAGAAACCAGCAGCUCAUCCUCUGCAGCGGUGAUGGAUGAGUCCGAGGCCUGUUCGCUGCCGGGGGGUCUGGCCAGUGUGAAGAAACAGUUUGAGAGCCAGGAGUUUGCCUCCUCAUCCUCUCAGUCCAGCGUCGCCCAGUUCCACUACGAGCAGAGAUCUGUGCAGGAGGUGUCAAGCUCCUCAGAAGUGACGGUGAAAAGCAGUGCCAGAGAGGUCGUUCCCGCUACAAGCCACUUUCACAGUCAACAAGAGGUGAUCCAUGACGAAAGAGUCCACCAGAACAAUGUGGCUGCCAGUUACGGGAACCAUUACAAUGAAACAGUUAUGCUCGUCGGCGGCGAGGACCUACCAAAGGUUUCCACUCAGGCUUUGAAGCAGCAGUAUGAAAAAACGAUUGAGGGAGCCGCACCAGCCAAGGAAAUUAAGGUUGAUGUGGAUUUCAACCAAUUUCAAUGGACCCCAGUUAAUCAGUCUUCCAAAGCCUCAACCAAGACAAGCUAUGACAUGUCCUCCUCCGUGAAGACGGCCUCUGCCUCAUCCGUAGCGUCUGCCUCUGCCUCAUCAGUAGUGUCUGCCUCUGCCUCAUCCGCAGCUUCUGCCUCUGCCUCAUCAGUAGCGUCUGCCUCUGCAAUGAAUUAUGAGAUGCCAGAUCACUUCCCUCCACCACCCUUGCACCUGUAUGAGGAAACCCCUGAGUACAUCUCUUCCCAACAUCAAGAGUCUGCCUCCCAACAGAAGCACACUGUGUCUAAGGAGCAGUACUUCAAACACAAGAGUAAGGCUGAACUAAAGCGCAUCUACAAGCACAUGAAUCCGGACGUACGCAAGAACCUGGAGGAGGACUUCUUGCAGGAGCUCACGGAAGCGGAAAAGAAGGACUUUGAAAGCGAGGAACUGGUGGGAGAAGUCCAGCAGGCGUGCUAUUUGUUUGAAAAUGACGGCAACGACUCGAGCAGGGGUUCGAGCUCCGACAGAGAGUCCGUGGAGUGGGAUGAGGUCCUUAAAGGGGAAGUGCAGUCCAGGCGCUGGAUGUUUGAAAACAAGGCUCUUGAUGAGAUCAAAGAUGACAACCUGGAUGAGGACGAGGUGAGGAAUAUCGCCCAGCAGGAAAUCAUCGCGGGCAAAGAUGUCAGACACACAGCUUGGAUGUUUGAGACGAAGCCCAUGGAUGCUCUCGGGAUAGAAGGUACUGAAUCAGCUGAGCAGUUGCAAAAGUUGACUGAUCUCGCAAGAGGAGAUGUCCGCACUGCUACCUGGCUUUUUGAGACGCAGCCACUGGAUUAUCUGAAUAAGAUUUACCAAGAAGACGAGCAGGAGACCGAUAUUGUCGCCACCAAGAGCAUUACCGGCGGAGAUGUGAAAACUGCUAGAUAUCUCUUUGAGACUCAGCAUCUGGAUUCAAUGGGCAAAACAGAAACCAUUGAGGAGACCAACUUCCUUAACCUGAAGUCUGAGCUGGAAGAAAUCAAAGGCGAUGUGAAGACAACCACUCGCAUGUUCGAGACCCAGCCCAUGUGUGUCAUUAGGGGGGAUUCAGGAGAGAUGUUGGAGAUCACCACAAUCCGCAGGGAGGAGACUGCGAAAGGAGACGUCAAGACAUCACGCUGGAUGUUUGAAACCCAGCCUCUGGAUAUGAUUAGCAAAGACCCUGCAAUGGUGAAGCUAAUUUGCGGCAUAUCCAUGGAGGACAACGUCCAAGGCGGUGUGAACAAAGGUCGAUGGCUUUUUGAGACAAAGACCCUUGACACCAUUAAGGAUGAGGAAUGGGAGAGUUCCAGGAUGCAAAAGGAAGACAUCAUUGGUGCAGAUGUCAGGAAGCACUGUCUGGUUUUCGAGACUCAGUCUAUGGAUACUCUGAAAGACAAUGCCAAUGCUAGACCUUCAGCUGCAGAGGAGAUUGUAGGAGGAGAUGUUCGAACAGCCAAACAUCUGUUUGAGACAGUACCCAUGGGAAAUCUGAAGGAACUGCUGGAUGUGGGAAAACUCAAGAAAAUGGUUGCAUCUGAAGAGGAAAAGGGAGAUGUGAGGCAUCAGAAGUGGGUCUUUGAGAGCCAGCCCCUGGAGAAUAUAAGAGAGGAGAAGAGGGAGAUUACAAGAACUGUGAACGUUGAAGCUCUCGAAAUAGGAGAUGUGACAAACUAUAAAGAAAGGUUUGAAAGUAUGGAUUUAAGUAAGUGUGAAGGAACACAGAGAAUUCAAGUUGAAGGUGUCACAAGUGGAUCCGUCCAAUCCAACAGAGUUCUUUUUGAAUCGACCCCUAUGUAUGCUAUGCAAGACAGCUUUGGUCAUUACCAUGAGGUGAAGACCGUGAGGCGCGAGGAGAUUGUGAAAGGAGAUGUGCGCAGCUGCAGAUGGAUGUUUGAAACACGUCCCAUUGAUGAGUUUGAUGAAAGCCUCAAUAAGUUUCAGAUCAUAAAAGGUAUAUCAAAGCAGGAAGUCCAGUCAGGGGAUGUCAAAACAGCGAAGUGGUUGUUUGAAACUCAAGCGCUUGAUGCCAUUAAAAGCUCCAACCAUUUUGAAGAUGAAGAACUAAAAACAAAGGAAGAAAUUGAAAUUGAGAAAGGGGACGUUAAGACCUGCAGGUGGCUAUUUGAGACUCAACCGAUGGAUGUUCUGUAUGAAAAAACGGAGAAGAGUGAGGCGGAUGUCGAAGAAGUUCAAAAAGGAGAUGUCAAAACAUGCACUUGGCUCUUUGAGACCCAGACACUUGACAACAUACGUGACCACACAGAGUCUGAGACCAUUCUGAAGACCUGCACUGUGAAUCAAGAGGACGUGCAAGGGAAAGACGUAAGACUGGCUCGCUUCCUCUUUGAAACCGAGAACCUGGAAAACAUCACAGGUGAGGACAGUUCGUUCAGGAGGGUCACGAAGAUCGACAUCGACUCGGGCGAUGUUUCCAGGAUGAAGUACAUCUUUGAGAAUCGCUCUUCUGACAUAAUGAGCUCCACUUCGGGGGAAACAAUGCAGAGGAUGAAAACGCAGCAGGCCGAGGACAUCCAGGCGGGGAACGUCGUCAACUGCACCUAUAUGUUUGAGAAUCAGCCAAUUGACGCCAUACGUGACGAUUCCACAGAGACGAAGGAAAGUCGCACUGUGACUGACGUUCAGGGGGGUGACGUUGGCAAAAGUCGCUUUAUCUUUGAGACAUAUUCUCUGGAUGAAAUUAAAGAGGAGUCCUCUGAGAGUGAUAUUUCUAAACUCGCCAGUAUCUUUAGAGAUAAAGAAGAGAGGGGGGAUGUGAAAAAUUACACCAUGAUGUUUGAAACUCAGCCGCUGUACGCCAUCUGUGACAAAGAGGGCCAUUAUCAUGAAGUAACUACAGUUACCAAGGAGGAGAUCAUUAAAGGAGAUGUGGUGGGAGCUCGAUGGCAGUUUGAGACAAAGCCUCUGGAUUCAAUUCGAGAUUCAGAGCAGGUCUAUGUUAUUAAAUCGGUGACUGAAGAAGGCAUCAACAAAGGAGACGUUAGCUCCGCGAGGUGGAGGUUUGAAACGCAACCCCUGGAUGAAAUUGCCGAAGACAUAAAAACCAGGUCAAAAACAGUUGAAGAUAUCCAAGGCGGUGAUGUAAGGACAAACAAGCAGCGAUUUGAGACGGAUGAGAUGUCCCAGAAGUACAUCAGAACAGUAAGUGUGAGCGAAAUCCAAAAAGGUGACGUCCGAUCUGCCACGUGGAUGUUUGAAACGCGCACGAUGGAUGAGAUCCACGGUGAGGGCGCGGAGUACGACGGCAUGGAGAGAGUGACAAAAGAGGAAGUCAUGAAGGGGGAUGUCACGCAGUCUGUGUGGCUCUUUGAGAAGCAGCCUCUUGACAGUAUCAAACAGACUGACGGAACAGAGCUCGUCGUCUCCAAGGAGGAAAUCCCACAGGCCGAUGUGAAGACAACUACAUGGCUAUUUGAAUCAACUCCCUUCAAUGAUUUCAACGAGAGCAGCACGGAAAAGACCGAAAUAAUAGGUAAAAGCGUCAAAGAGACACUUGAGGAGCUUUACAGUCAGAAAAUGGUUGACUCACAGGGUGUUCUUAUCGAGGCAGAUGAGAUCGGCGAUAUCCGCAUGGCAAAGUUUAAACUCAUGAACCAGGAAGCUCCCCAGAUCCAAAGGGAAGAGAUUAUCAGAGGGGAUAUGAGUAGCAUCAUGAUGAACCUCCUGAACCGUAGGGAGAUCACUGAAAGGGGGAUAACUAUUGACAGCGAGGAGCGGGGGAAUAUUAACACCACGGUGAAGCAGCUACUCGCCCAGGAAAGGGGAAUCAAUAUGGAGAAAGAGGAAAUUAUCCGCGGCGACAUUCAAGAGGCCGUCAACAAUCUGCUCAAGAACGAAGGCUCCUCCAAGCAUGGCAUUCUGAUUCAAGAGGAUGAGAAAGGAGACGUGAGGAUGACUAUUUAUUCCCUUUUGAAUAAAGGGGAGAGGUCUAGCACGGAGAAAGAGGAUAUCAUCCAUGGGAACGUAAGCAAAACCCUUCAUCGUCUUCUCUCCAACUCAGGAGCCGAAGAGUCCAGAAAGAUAAGGGUGGGAGACACGGAGAGGGGAAAUGUCAGCUUUUACUCCACGUGCAUUGAGUCGGGAGCCUUGGAUUACCUGAAGCAGCUUCAGAGCAAAACGGAUGAAACCGUCAAGGAAAUAGUGGAAAAGGAGAAUAUCAUCGGGGGGGACGUGCGGGAGACCAAAAUCUUGCUGCGGAAGAAUCAGCAGGAGAUCGGCCGCACCGUGGCACAGCAAGACAUACUUCCUGGUGACGUUCACAGCAAUGUUAAAGUCUUUAUGACAGAGCCUGCUGUUACCUACAAGAACCUGGAGAAAAGGGAUAUUGUUAAAGGUGACCUUACAGCAGCCCUGAGUUCACUGACCCAUGCCAUCAAUCAGAAAGUGGUCAUCGACAAAGAAGAGGUGGUGAAGGGAGACAUCCCUACUACUCUGAGGUCUCUGGAAGAGUCGCAGCAUCAAAACAAAGGAAUGGAAAAGCCUGAAAUUGUCAGGGGAGACAUCAAAGGUGCCCUCGAGUCACUGGAGAAGUCUGCAACCUCCAAUACGGGAGUGACUGUGGGAGAUCUGGUGCCAGGGGACAUCAAAGGAACCCUGAAGUCCCUAGAGGAGGCGAAGCAAGCUGUAAAAGAGGUGGAAAAAGAGGAAAUCCUCAAAGGAGACAUCCACAUGGCCAUGCAAAGUUUGCAUGUAGCAACAAGCGAGAAAAAGACUUACCAGCAUCAAGUGAGCGAACAAGGGGAUGUUAGAGCCACCAUCCAGCACUUUCUAGAACCAACGACUUCUUCGAAAAUGCAGCGCAGGGGAAGCAUUGAAGGAGAUGUAAAAACAUCGAUAAAAUGUCUCUACGAAGGACAAGAUUCAACACUGGCGGAAAAAGAGGAAGUAUUAAAAGGGGACGUUCAAGGUGCAAUAAAGAAUCUAAUGCAAAGAAAACAAUAUUCAAAUCCCAAGCGUUCCCACAAGAAAGCAAAAGUGCCCGUGAAAAAUCCAUUAACUGUAAAGCAAGCGGAGCAUGAAUGCUUGCAUGAAGCUAAGAGUGAGAGUGUGGCAGUCAAUCCAGCCCCCGCUGAGAAAAAGCUCUCUCAGAGCAGUGAGUCACAGAAGCACACACAGAGGCAGAACCAAAGCCAAUCGUUGCAAACGCAGGUAAUAACCCAAGAGGAACACUCUGUUACUAUUGCCAACACAGACAAUACUACUGGGGCCUCUCAACACAAGAGCAUGAAAGAACAGAAACACAAAGCGCUGCCCCCACAGAAAGUACAAGCUCCCAAGCCUAUUAUGAUAAAGCAUAAACAAGUGACUAAUAAUGAUCAAACGGAAGCGAAAGCAGUGGAUGUGAACGUGAUGAAAGAGGUGCAUGGCACAUCACAGAGCAACAGUUCAAACAAGCAAGUAUGUGAAACAAAGACAAUCAAACAGGUGCAGACUACAGUGACGGAGAAGAGUGUCGUGCAUAAGCAAAGUGUGUCCGAGCAGAUGUCUCAAAAGCAAACGGAGAAAAAGGAAAUCACACAAAAACACAGCGUGAAAAAUGUAAAGGGUGAAUACCGUAACCUGGACAUGAAAGGGAAAAGUGUCAUAAAAAAGGCCAAGCCGGAGAUUCACUUCCCCCCUCCUCCCUGUUCACCGCCUCCACCCUCAGAGUCAGAGCUCUCCCUCCCUCCUCCACCAUCCCCAGUGCUGGAGAGCCCAGCCUCCCCCCCUUCUAUCAUGAGGCAGGACAGCGACCUCCCACCUCCUCCACCUCCGCCUCCCAUGGAAGGCAAGUCUGAGCCUGACUUUUUCCCUCUUCCUCCACCUCCUCCGCAAGAUUUUCUCCCUCCACCUCCCUCUCAGCAAGAGCUUAAUGCAUUGCCCCAGUCUCCCCCUGCCAAGCUGGGGAAACCCAUCGGCAAGCCUUUAUUCAAAUUGCCCAAGCAACCAGAAACACUGAAGCUACACGUACAAGUUAAACCGAAAUGGCAGAAAAAGCAGCCCACUCCUUCACCACCCCCACCCCCACCUCCACCCCCAACUCAGCUCCCUCCUGAGCAAGCAGAAACAGUCUCAACGGAGCGUAAAGAAGAAGUACAAGAAGUGAAAAAGGAAACCAAACAGAUUGAAAUAAGCAAACAGAUUCAGGCCGAGUCAAAAGCAAUGUCACCAACAAAAAUACCAAGCAUCCCAGCUAUGAAACCGAAAGAGAGUCCACAGCCGCCUAAAAGAGUGUUUGUCCCUCCUAUUAAACUGCCUCCAACUCCCGAAGCCCCCAAAUCUAGACCUUUUGCUCGCAAAUUUAAAACUCCUCUCAUGCUCGCAGAGGAAAGGUACCGCCUGCAGUUGGAGAAUGAAGAGUCCAUGAGGAGUACUGUCACAACUCCCACGUCUCCACCAAUUAAUCUGCCCUCCUUUGCUGCCAGUCCCGAGCCUCCCGCAGCACAGAAAGCAGACUCAGAAGUGGCAACGGAAGCCGCAAAGAGCCAAGAAGCUAAGGCUAUUUCCAAAGACGGAAUACCGCCUCCCAAGAAAACCCCUUCCCAGAUCCCUUUGAGCAAACCCUUGAUCUCAGUGGUAAAUAAGAAAUCAGCUACAGGAUCUUCAAGUGUGUCCGUAGAUAAAAAGCAUGUUGCCAGUGAGCACUCCUCAGAAAAAAUGCUUUCCUCAACUGAAGUCAUUCAAAAGAGCCAAACCGCGCCUAAGAAUCAGACCGUCGUUUCCCAGGCUAAUCGCGAGGCCUCAAAUAUUGAAAUCCAGUCAUGCUCCAAUGUGGUCACUUCUUCUGUCACGGAGCAGCAGCAGUUUAUUAAGACAUCCAGCAGCAGGUCUAUCACAGCCACACAAAGUGAUGUCCAUGAAAAUGCUAAUCUACAAAGCCAGAGUGCGGUCACUUUGAAAGCUGAAGAUGGAAAGAAUAUUAAUGCGCCUCUGACACAGGAGGGGAAAAUGAGUCCCUCUCAUCCCACGAAAAUCCCAAAGGUAACUCCAAGUUUCAAGGUGAAAACUUUCAAGAUGCCAAAAGAGAAGAAAGAGGAAAAGUUGGACGGCGCCAUGAAAAGUGAAGUGCAUUUCCAGCAAGAGAAAAGUAGUGUUUCACAGAAAAGUGAAACAAAAGUGAGUCAGAAAAGCGAGCAGGUGACAAAAACUGAAAUGAAAACAGAAAUGAAAGUAAUUGAGAAGAAAAGUCACGUGACCCCAGCUAUGGAGAAAGUUGAAGUGGAGGUUCAAGUGAAAAAGGGGACAGAGAUGCAAAAGAAUGAGGCUGGAGUACAGCUGUCACCAUCGGUUACCGUUUUAAUACCCAAGAUGGCUAAGAUAACGUCUGCAGCAGCUCAUCAGGGACAAGGCCAUGCAUCCGUCUCCCACAGCCAGCAGAGCAUGAAGGCAGAGAGCUUUCAGAGACACGAGGACGUGGUUGUGACUGAGAGGGUGGUGCAGCAACGCCUGCAGAAGCAAGAGGUCGUUCAGGUGCAAAAACAAAUACAUGUACAAGCAGCAGAAACAAGCCAAAUGCAGAUACAUGCAGUGAAGUCAAAAGAUUUGCCUAAGAAUGUGCCUGCACAAGUAAUAGGGGAAAUGACCCAUGAAGAGGAGGGUCUUUCAGAAGGAAUCACUGAUUUUGAGAAAUGCAAUGUAACCCAAAAGCUGCUCGCUCAAAUAAAAGCGCUGGAAGGCACACCAAGCAAAAUAGACUCCAACGCUGUCAGGAUGAUUAUAAGCGAAGUCCCCGACUGGGCCAUGGGCGCGGAUGAGAAAAAGAAUUUAAGCGAAAUUACUAAACGGCAAAGUAAGAAAAAGCUGAAAGAGAUGAUGGUGUAUGUGAAGAAUAUCUUUCAAACAAAGCUCACAACUUUUGAGGAAACCGUGACAACCGUGGAAAAGCAGGUGAAAGAAGAGAAAGUAGAGAAAGUAGAGCCGUCAGCGCCGCCGGCAGUGCCUCCGAAACCUGACAAAAAAGUUUUCAGCGGAGCGACCACUAAGAUUUCAAAGAUCAGUAUCGGCUCGUCCAAGAGUGAAAGGAAGGUGGUGGAGGAGAAAAAGUCAAUCCAAGAGAGAAAAGUGCACCAGGAGAUAAGUGACGAUCAGAGGGUGUCCUCCCCGUUAGCCAGCAUCCGAAGUCCUUCACCCACUUUUAUAAGCAUUGAGUCAAGGAGGAUCGACUCGCCCCUCAGAGUGACCCCGUCUCCUCCACCUUACAAGUCAGUCGGGACGCCCCCGCCUCCUCCUCGCAAGUCCUUCACCCCCACAUCCCCCUUUAGGGCCACGCCGUCGCCAACGAUGAGCCGCUCAGAGAAGCUGGUGAAACUGAGGGAUACCACCUCCAUGCUUUCUCGCGUCGUGACCCCACCACCUCCCAUGCCGGUGCAAGAGUUCAUUGCCGCUGAAAGAGAGCUAUCGUCCUCUCUUAGCGACAGGGAGACCCCCGUAGAGAGAGAUGAGCAAGGGUUGAUGGAAGUUGGAGAAAUGGGGGACUCCAUGAUGACUGUCAGAGAUAAGAAGUCUUUCUUUGAGGAGGCGCAGAAGGCGGAGGUGAGCAAGACGUACAUGCGUAAGGAUCCCAUUGAUAUCCCUGAACGUCUGGGAGCUGAGGCCGAGGAAGGGGCCCAGGCUGUGAAUAUAGAACUCCUGAAACAGGAUCUCCCAAGAGUCGAUCUGUCUAAGCUGGUCAACAGAUUUGAAUCCCCCCAACCGAAGGUCUACAACAGAAAAGAGCCUAUUGUCAUCACAGAGAGGCUGGGGAGCGACACGGAGGACGCGGAGGAUGAGCCGGCGAAAUCUGACGAAAUCCCCACAUUCAACGUCAAGGCGAUAAAGAAUGUGUUUGAGACGGGAGAGCUCGGUUCUCAGGCGGCACGAGACCUCAGAGAACAAAUAGAAAGAAGAGAGUCUGAGUCAGCCCCUUCUGAGCCGGCGGGUCACUCGGAAACGACAGCGGUCGCCGAGCAAUUCUGCACCGUCGACGUCUUCGGGAACAUUACAGACGGGACGGCGAGCGAGGAGUCCGUGACCCGCGGUAACCCCCCGUCCUACGCCGAUGUGGUGAGAGGCGAGGCGGUCUCCGUGCCCCCAGAGGCGUCCACCGAGGAACUGCUGAGAAACUUCCAGCAGUCGUGGGCCGAGAGCCAGGGAGUGUUCCAGAACCUGGGUUUCAGUGUCACCGAGCAGAGGACCUCCCAGAUCGUAACGCACCAGCAGCAGACUGUCGUGACGGAAAAUUCGAGUUCCCGAGUCCGAACUGUGCAGGGUGUGUCGGAAGAGGGUGUACCCGAUGGAGUCGCUGAUCGCAGACAAACUCAACUUCCAUAAGAGCUGCUUUCGCUGCGAGCACUGCAGAGGCAAACUAAGUCUUGGAAACUAUGCCUCUCUCCAUGGACGAAUGUACUGCAAGCCACACUUCACGCAACUGUUCAAAUCCAAGGGGAAUUACGACGAGGGAUUUGGACAAAAACCACACAAAGAACUAUGGAGCAAUAAGGAGAAUUCACCCGAAAAGACAAGCGUCAGAUCACCAUCACCCGAAAAGUCAAGCGUCAGAACACCAUCACCCGAAAAGUCAAGCGUCAGAUCACCAUCACCCGAAAAGUCAAGCGUCA